GACCAAAACCUACGAAUCUGAAAUUGUAAGAAGCAUAAGUCUCUCUAUUAAAGAUGGAAUCAAAAAGGUUCUGGAUCGUUGCCCUUCUUAUCUGUGGAACAAUUCAAUUAGCGAUUAGCAGAUCAGAAGAGAAAAGCACAGAGAAGACGAUGAAGCUAGGAGGCGUUCAUGAUCUCCGAGGAAAUCAGAACAGUGGAGAGAUCGAGAGUCUCGCUCGAUUUGCCAUUAAAGAGCAUAACAAACAACAGAACAAGGUUCUUGAGUUCAAGAAGAUUGUACAAGCAAGAGAACAGGUAGUUGCAGGAACGAUGUACCACUUAACCCUAGAAGCAAAAGAAGGUGAUCAUACGAAGAAUUUUGAAACUAAAGUGUGGGUGAAGCCAUGGAUGAACUUCAAACAGUUGCAGGAGUUUAAGGAAUCCUCUUCUUGAAUUUCACUUGUUCAAAUGUAAACACAAACAACUGAUGCAUUUAUGAUUACAAAUACUCUGAGAAUAAUAAUAGUCUGAGAUAACUUGGUUCCGGACCACUGUUUGUGUGUACUGUGUAAUGUAUUGCUAUAGGCAAAACCUGAAGUUAAUGUAAUC